GUGUACUUAUUAUUUUCUUAUGUUCAUUUAAUAUUUGUACUAAUUUAUCUAUUUUAUGAAAAAUUUUGAUUAGACAUUUUAGUAAUAAUAUGUUUAGAAGGUUUUCUAAUUUUAAUAUUAGAUAAAACUUGUUGAAAUAUAGUUUUGAAUGUUUUUAAAAUUUUUGGGUACCAAAAAGUAACUAAAAGUUUGGGUUGGAUGGAAAAGUUGACGGAUGCACAUUUUGUUGACUUUAAUGAUACUCGACGCCCUAUUCAAACUUAAGUGGUAUGUCUACCCCAAUUCUCAAAUUUAAGUGGUACCCGAGAUAUUUUACCCGGAGAAUGUAUAUUAUUUUGUUCACAAUAACCAGAAAUUCUAGCAAUUUUCCUACCCGCCAAGACAUCCAUUAGAGUAGUCUUACCAGCACCACUAACACCCAUUAGCGUUGUUAGAACUAGGGAUGGCAAUGGGUCGGGUGGGCGGAUAGUGCAUAUCAGUUACCCUACCCAAUGUAGUUCGGGUUUUACCCAUAUCCGUACCCACACGAGAAACGGGUAGAAAAUCAAAACCAUGCCCAUACCCGUUCGGGUUUCGGGUAUCCACGGUUAUCCAUGGGUAAUAAUUUCUCCUUAUAAUUCCAACCAAUAUGUUAACAUUCACACGUAUACUCACAUUACGUAAGAGGAAAAGUACGACAGUAAUUCACUAGAAUGACGAAAAUUAAUUAAAACAACAUAAUUUCAUGAAAAUGUUAUAUUUAUAUGCUAAAUAUAAAAUAUUCUAGGGAAAAAUAAUGAUUAUUUCUAGACAAAAUACAUAUGAAUGUGUAUGAUCGGGCGGGUUCGGGUUGGAUAGUGAGAUAACCAUGCCCACCCAUUACCCACAAUAUUCGGGUUCGGGUUUUACCCGUACUCACGAAAAAUGCUUCGGGUACGGGUUUUACUCUACCCGAUUAGGUCGGAUUCGGGUGAAUAUCCACGGUUACGAAUAUUUUUGUCAUCCUUAGUUAGAACACCUCGUCUAAACGCACCACUCACACCCUUUAGAAGCUCCAAUUUUUCAUCGUAUCCCAAAUUUGCACCCAAUUUUCACAAACACAUCGAAAUUUUCAAAUGGCGCCUAAAUAAUCUUGUUUUUGGCGCCCAUGCCCUUUUCACUUUACUACUUUUUUGAACAGAAGUACAGAGCACACUCGAUAGAACUACUACUCUAGGAUAAGACGAGGCUGAACCGAUUUCUCGACCAUCGCCAUUCUUCAGUUUCGACAUCCAUCGCCAUCGCCUUAGCUCCAUAUCCAGUGAAGUUGAAUUUUUUGUCCGGCCCCGUCUCCUAUCAACUUCUCGACCGUCGCAUUGGACCUCCUUGUCAGUUCUCCAGUUGGUUUGAGAUUUUCAAAUUCGACAAGGUGAUGCAUUCGCGCGGACCGGGCAGGGGCGGGUAGAGCGGGUCUACCUCUUAUUAUAAUUAUUUGGAUAUUCUUUCGGUUUAUUAGUUAAUUUUCGGAUUAGUAUUCGAAUUAUUAUUCUUAUUCAGUCGGUAAUUCUAGUAAGCAUAGGACUAGGUUAGGGUUACCAUGUUUAAGGAGGAUUAGGUUUAUGGAGCCUCUCCUAUAAAUAUGUACUUAACCUUGCAUUUUAAUGAUAAAAAGAUGAAUAAACCCAAGUAAUUUCAGUUUCUUUCAGUUUUCGUAUUUCUAGUUCCCGACGCGUGAGGCUGUCACGCGUCAAUUGGUAUCAGAGCCCGGUUUCGACAAAGAACUGGGACAACGAUGCCUCCCAAGAAGAACACUGUCGCCUCGCAGGACGUGGGCGAUGAUGACGGCAGCGGCCAGGCAGGCCGAGAGCUGGCGGAGAUGAGGGCAAGAGAUGAGGCCCUCGAUCGCCGCCUUCGAGCAACUGAAGAGGAACUCGGCCUCAUCAAGAGCACGACGGGGAAUCUGGAGAGGGGCCAGACGACGCUGCAGGUUGUUGUGGAGGAAAUCCGAUCGGGAUCUCAGGCUGGGUAUGAAACCCUAGCGAGACGACAGACUGAGGCUGAUGCGAAGCUCGAUCGCAUCACUAGCGGUCAGGGAGAGCUCCGAGCGAGCAACGAGGGGAUCCAGGCAAUGAUCGCUCAGCUCGCGGAGAUGAUUGCAGGGAUGGGGAACCGCGAACCAGCUAGACGGACUGUCGAUCUGAUCCCGGCCGUCGAUAAACUCAAGGGAGCGCUGACGGUGACCGAAGAGGAGAGGGGAAGCUCAUCCCCACUGCCUGUAACCCCGCAUACCACGCUACCUCGGGGAGUUCAGGGCGGCGAGCUGCUGAAAACUCGGGAUCAUGCGAUCCAGGCCCUGGGUGGCGCAUGGGGGAGCUUGGCGAUGGACACCGGAGACUACCGGCCACCGUCGGGACUGCCGACGGGCAUGGGUGGCGGCCGCAGUGGGAGCGCCGGAGGAACAGGGACGGGGGCGAGCGGCUCGGGGCCCCGCCGACCGGAGCAGGAUGGGCCGAGGGAGCUUGGCGGGUUCGGCGCAGGCGCGACAGGGAGAGGACGGACCACGGGCUGGGGCUCGUCCGAAGGCGGGCUGAACCGCGAGGCCAAGAAGCCGGGGGAAGGUGACCGGGUCGAGCUAGGCGAACCGAACCGGGGAGCUGUGGGUCCCGGGCGAUCGGAGGCGAGAGGAGAAGCCGCGGCGGCUCUGUUCAAAGGGCGGCAGACUACUAUUGAGUUUCCACGCUUCACGCGUCAUGAAGAUCCAUCCGGUUGGAUGUCGAGGGUGGAGAAGUACUUCAAGUACCAGGGAAUCUCGGAGGAACAAAAGGUAGUCCUGGCUUCGUUCCAUCUAGAAGGUGACGCCAACCAAUGGGUUAUGUGGUUGGAAGAGGAGUUCGAGCAGAGCGGGAAGGAGAUGUGGUGGGAGGACUUCCGUGAUGAAUUCUGGAAACGGUAUGGGGCCUCGGAGAAAGCUGCGGGACAUGAGGCGCUGGCAAAAAUCAAGCAGACAGGCACCGUGGAGGAUUACCAGCAGACGUUCGAGAAGUUGCUCAAUCGCUGCCGUGGGUGGGGGAAGGAGGCGAUCAUGGGGACCUACAUGGGCGGUCUAAAACCGGAAAUUUCGGCCUACAUCCAUGCCUUUAACCCGCAAAAUACCGAGGAUGCAUAACGGUUGGCCAAGAUUCGAGAAGAGGAGAUGCGGGUCGAGAAGGAGGCAAUGGGAGCUGUUUACCGGGGAGUGUCAGCGGCGCCAAAGGGGAGCUCCGGCCCACCCCCGCCACCUGCUGCUGCCACGUUAGCGCCACCCCCGGUGGCGGAACGAGGACCCCCCCCCCCCCCCCCCCCCCCCCCCCCCCCCCCCCCCCGCAAACCCGCCGAGUCAUUCGCAACCUGACACCAGAGGAGGCUGUCAGGCGUAGGAGAGAUGGGCUCUGCUACAACUGUGACGAACGAUUCACCUAUGGUCAUCGUUGUGCUAAUAACCAUGUAUUCGUCAUGAUCGAGGAUUUCGGAUCGGCUGGAGAGGAUGGGGUUGAACUGCAGCCUCGGGACGAGGCUUUCGAAAGGAGGGAGGAUUGAUGCAUUCGCGCGGACCGGGCAGAGGCGGGUAGAGCGGGUCUACCUCUUAUUAUAAUUAUUUGGAUAUUCUUUCGAUUUAUUAGUUUAUUGUCGGAUUAUUAUUCUUAAUUCUAGUAAGCAUAGGACUAGGUUAGGGUUACCAUGUUUAAGGAGGAUUAGGUUUAUGAAGCCUCUCCUAUAAAUAUGUACUUAACCUUGCAUUUUAUUGAUAAAAAGAAGAAUAAACCCAAGUAAUUUCAGUUUCUUUCAGUUUUCGUAUUUCUAGUUCCCGACGCGUGAGGCUGUCACGCGUCACAAGGUUCAUCAUCGCCACUGCCGGGAGAUCUGUUGCCGCUGGCACUAGCUCCGUUCAAGCUCAUCCUUCUCUAAGUUCUCCCUUCUUCAUUAUCGUCAUGAGACGGCGUUACCCCCAGGUGUGGUUUAUGCCCUUCUACAAAAACCAAUUCAGAGUUUUGGCACUUUAUUUCUUGUUUCUUCGCCAAUCCCCUGGCCGCUAGGUUGCUAGUUCAAUUUCGUUGGGGUUUUUUUUUGGUGCUUACGAUUAUUCUCUUGCACAUGUGUUUGAACUUUGAACCCAGAAUAUUUAUUUCUGUAAUGAACAGUAGUGAACAAGCGUUAGGCUUAGGCAAUGUGCAGGUGUUAGCCUUUCACUUGAGUGGCUUCUUUGUUGGGCUGCUGAAUUAAUUAUUCAGUAGUCCCAGAAAUCAAAGCUUCUCAUAUGAGCAAAGGGUUGUGCUUUUGUACUACAACGAGACUAACUGUUGAGUUCAUCAUAAUUCUGGGUGAUUUCCUUCAUUGAUCAAAUUCUAAAGACUGAAAAUCACUAUAUACCAUCUGCUGGGAAGGAAAUCUCACACUGACAAAUGAAAAAUGGCUCCAACCACUCAAGCAUAUACUGAAAACAUUUUGAUCACUAUGACCUGAACAACAGUCUAUGAUAACUAUCCAAAUGUUUGUCUUGUCUUUCCCAGUAUGGAAUCCUUGCAGUUCUUUUGUGUCCAUUUCUAUUUUGCUUCUCCAAGAUGUUUCUGUGUGAGUGGCAGGUUGCCGCACCAUCUUUCUUUCUUAGAACUGAGAAGCUCAUUUGUUCCCUCAGUAUUUCCUUCACCUCUCUCCCCGGUAGAGGAAAUUAGUGGUGGGUAUUGUACUAUAUAAGUAACCUGUUAGUCAAUUAACUUCCUUUGUGUCCAGAUUUCGUGGGUUGGAAAAUUGGAUUGAUUUAUUUCAAUAACCUUCAUCAUGUUGAUAUGGAACGAGCCACCUGUUUAGUGUUUUCUGUGAUUUUGGAUCUUAAUGAUGGUGAAUUAUCAUUGUUACUUGUUUUCUCUUUCUAUGUGCUUGAGCCUUUUGCCUAGUUGCUAUCAAUCUCAGAUGUCAAAGUUCUCUUUUAGAAAGCUGUUCACAAGCUGGUCAGGACAUCUUAAUUACUGAAGGGUUUUAAUGAAGCUGUCACUGAAAAUAUGAGUGGAAUUGUGAGGUCAAUGUGUGAAGCUUAUCUUUAUAGGUUCUACUGAUCUUUUCGGUACUCCAAUACUUUGGCUAGUUUCAGUUUCUUGUGGUUGAAUGAAUUGCCUUAUGCUUGUUUCAGGUUGGGUUCAACUGGAAUGGAUGUGAACAAGGAUGAUAUAAAGCUUUCCGGUGUAGGUUCCCACAAGCAUGGCCUUAAUGUUCUUCAAACUCUUGGAUGUUUAAGUGAUUAGAAUUCUCAGUGACACCUUUUCUCCAGCCUACAUCCUUUCAUCAUUCAAUAUAAUUAUCAUCUUUUCCCCCUUCUUUUCUUUCUAUGAAGAGGACUUUCUUUUGCUAUUACAGGGACAAAAGGAUGAAAGUAGCUACAAAAUGGAAGGGGCGUUCUUUGGGAACGAUAUAGAAGUAAAAUGUUUCAACAAAAUAUCGACUGAUGGAAGAACUACACCAUUUGGUGUGUCUCGUACCAAUGGUUGUGACAAACAGAAGGCAGUGACGAAGAAGAGAAAGAGGCGGACUACUGAGCUUACGGAAGCUCGUGAAAGCUGCACUGCUCAACUAUUGGCGUUCAAUAGUGAAUGCAGAGAGAGAGAGGCAAAAGUGGAGGACAGAUUUUGAACGAAGAAAACUGGAGUUCCAGCAAAGAAGAAAGAGAAAAAUGGAGAAAAAAGAGUUGGAUGUAAAACCUAUGUGCAACAGAGAAGUCAUCUGUUUGUGUUUAUGUGAUUUAUGGUGCCAACAUGCCCACAACAAAAAAAAAAAAAAAAACAUACUAAACAUGUGUUUCCCUGUUUUAUUGGAAAACCAAAACAAAAACCGGAUACUAGACAGGGUCUUAAGAAAAUCUGAAGCACAAACUUGAUUUGUCAACCUAAACCCUAAUGUAGUGUCUUAUGAUUCCUGAAAAAAACAUUUAUGUGAAAUAAAAACCAUUGCAUAAAAAUGUGUUUUCAAAACUAUUGAUGACACGUAAAAUAUACAUUCUUAUGAGCU